AUGCGAUCGUUCUCCGCCUUUUUGUUUGCAGUCAUUAUCGCGGCCAGCAGGUCUACCUCAUGGGCCUCGGUCACCAUCCCAUUGACAAAGCUUGAGCGUGCUGGCUCGUACCUUCAAGGCUCUCCACACGCCGAUCGCAGUGCCCGAGCGUCGUUCUUAAAGACAAUUAGUGGCCCAAAGACCAUCCCGGCUACAAACUUGGCAUGCAUACAAACGGGAAAAAACAAUGACACGGUGACUCUCGCAGCUGGCUUCGUCAUCACGGUUCAAUCCAUCGGUGAUGCUCUUAAAUUCGCAUAUUUUGACGGCGUCGACGACAUCAUUGGCGUUGGACCAGUUAAUCUCACGCAGGGCAAACUGUCUCCUGACACUGGCGCCUUGACUCCAACCAUCAUGGAUAAUGCUUUGAAGCAGGGUCUGAUCAAACAACAGAUUUUUGGUAUUUCAUUUGCGCCGACAACGACUUCUAAUGACACCAUCGAUCGAACAGAUGGAGCGAUUACAUAUGGUGGCAUUGAUCCUGCUUUUGUGCAUACGGUGUCAUAUUUCGGUAUUGAAAUUCCUGAUCCGACUCGACCAGCAGCCCACUUCUGGGGCAUCUACGUAACUGACGUGACAUAUGGCACACACACUGUUAUUCCUCGGUCAACCGCCGGCAUAGUCGACGCGGGCACAACUCUCACAGCGUUGCGCCUCGGAGACAGUCGAAGCGUUCCCGACAAUGUGCUGAACAAGUAG